GGGAGACGGUGGCAGUGCGGGUCUGCGCCACGCCAGGAGACACCGCGGCCCUGCUGCUCUCCGUGCUGGAGCCCGAGCGGGCGGCUGCCGAGCUGCUGGCGGCUGCCGUGCACCGGGACGUGGCGUCGCUGGGGGACGCAGAGCUGGCCAGCGUGGCACUCAGCAUCCCCACCCAGGACCUGGCCAUCUGGAUAGACCCCAUUGACUCCACCAACGAGUACAUCGGCGGGCGCGAGGACGUGGCCCUCGUCGACGGCAUCGCCCCGGCGGGGCUGUGCUCGGCGCUGGUGCUCAUCGGGGCCUACGACCGGCGCACGGGCUGCCCCGUGCUGGGUGUCAUCAACGAGCCCUUCUUCCGCCGGGACCCCUUGACCCACAGGUGGCAGGGGAGGUACCACUGGGGUGUUGCGUACGGGGACAUGCGGCUGUGCUCGCUGAGCCCCCCGCCACUGCGCCCCACGCCCUGCGUGGUGCUGAGCCGGGCGGAGAGGGGGGCAGUGCGGGCGGCCCUGGGCCCCCUCUGCGGUGCCCACCUGCGCUUCGCCGCCGGCGCUGGCUACAAGAUGCUCUGCGUCAUCCUGGGGCUGGCGGACGCCUACGUCCUCUCCGAGGGCAGCACCUUCGCCUGGGACGCCUGUGCCCCCCACGCCAUCCUGCGGGCCCUGGGCGGGGGCACGGUGGCCCUGGGGGGGGCCCUG